AGUCACUUACAGCCCCUUUUUAAUUAAAUUUUUACUAUAUUUUUGGCCUUAUAAUACUGUUUAAAUUUAAAGUAAUACAUUCCUUUUAUAAUUUACCACUUAUUUGUUAAUAACAAAUAUAGAAUAGUGUAUAUACAAAUGCGUAGUAAAUGUGUAAAUAAACUGAAAUAGAAACACGCGAAUACGGCCAAAAUCACGCACAUACACACUACCUUCACCGUGAUUGUGCUAACUAGAAUAAUAAAGUGAACUCAGCAGAAAAAUUAUUGAAACACUCUAAAAAUAACUAAAUCAUAAUGUCCGAUAAUCCUACUUUGGAAGAAUGCGUAUCUAUUCCCAUAUCGGAACCAGAAUUGCUCGAAGUUACCGAAAAAGCCAAGGACUGGGCUAUUAUGCAUGGUGCUGCUAUGCGUUCGAAAACCAAUUUUAGUCCAGAUUCUUUAAAUUUUGCACCAUUUUUAUUGACACCCUCCUCAUUUCCACGCAAGGAAUUUGAAAAGGCCGUCGCUUUACAGACCAUCAUUAAUCGUCUCAUGCAUAAUGUGGCCCAUGAUGAGGAGUUCUUAACAACCACCUUGGCGGAAACUAUCAAAGUUGAUGAAUUCACUGGCAAUUUAUUCAAUAUUUAUAAGAAAGUUUUAGCCAACGGCUUUGGUCAGCGCAUAUCGUUGGGCAUUUUGCGAAGUGAUUUGAUGUUGGAGUCUAGAUGUAAAGACUUAGAAAAAACAAUAAAAAGUGAAAAACCCUGUGCCUUCUGUUGCUGGAAACAAGUUGAAAUUAAUGCAAUAGCGUCUGGUUUUGGACAUUUAGGACCAUCCAGCAGAGCCAUACAAAGCUACGUUUUGGGUGAAUUGGGUCAAUAUGAGAAACUGAAAAAUAUGCCGGAAAAUAAGGCUUUAGCUGGUAUUUGCGAUGGUAUGAUACGUGCUUGGGAGAUCUACAAUAAUCCAAAGGCCGUUAUUAUGUUUAUAAUCGAGGAUGUUUCUUAUAACAUUUGCGAUCAGAGAUUUCAUGAAUUUUAUAUACGCGAAAAAUGUCCUCACAUUAAAGUAUUAAGACGGACUUUAACCCAAGUCCAUAAGAAUGGAAAAUUAAGCUUAAAGAAAGAGCUUAUUUUGGAAGAUCAGGAAGUAGCUGUUAUAUAUUUCCGUGCUGGCUACGAACCAGGACAGUAUCACUCUCAAGAUGAGUGGGAUGCACGCUAUAUGAUGGAAUGCUCUACUGCCAUUAAGUGUCCUUCUAUUCACUAUCACUUGGCUGGCACCAAGAAAGUGCAACAGGCUUUAGCACAGCCUGAAAUGCUGGAAAGAUUUAUCAAUGAUCCCGAAGAGAUUAAAGCUAUUGGGAAAAUAUUUACCGGCCUUUAUUCUCUGGAAGAUAACGAUGUAGGUAAUGCCACCUAUGAGAUGGCAUUAAAAGAACCCGAGCGUUUUGUUUUAAAACCUCAACGUGAAGGUGGCGGUAAUAAUGUAUAUGGAUUGGACAUUCCAGAUGUUUUACGGAAAAUGUCACGAGUUGAACGUUCUGCUUGGAUCUUAAUGGAUCUUAUACAUCCACCUGUAUCGAAGGGCUAUAUGAUACGUCCUGGUGGCACUAUGCCCCCGCCUAUAGUUGAAGUGGUGUCAGAAUUGGGCAUUUUCGGUGUGGUUAUUGGCGAUGUGGACAAUAUAAUUUGUAAUUAUCAAGCUGGCCACAUGUUGCGUACCAAAAUAUCUACUGCCAAUGAGGGCGGUGUUGCUGCCGGUUUGGGUGCAUUAGACAGCCCCUAUUUGGUUGAUUAGCAUUUUUAAUUUUCGUAUAUUUUUAAUAAAAAAUUAAUUGUAACAUUGUAUAUUGAAAAUAUUUUUAUAAUUACAUUUAAGCAAUAAAUCAGAGAUUUACUAUGGUUUACAACUAAACAAAAUAAUAAAACGCUGUACGAUUUUUAUACAAAAAUUAUAUAUUUGAAGAAAAUAUAUGUCUAAACAAUUAAUAAACAAGUAAAAUUCACAAAAUAGAAA